AUGGGCUGUGACCAAAGUAAACAACAAGACGUAAAUUCAACAAAAACCAGAGAAAAGACUGUUCCAUCAUCAUCGGGUGGAAAUAAUAGUGGAGGAGCAACAACAACAAAUACAACAAAUAAUAAUGGAAAUCAAAACAAUAUACAUUCAAAUCCACUUUUAACAAAACCUCAUCUUGUAGAGGGUGAAGAUGGAGCUGUUGCAAAGUCUGUGGCUGAAAGUUGGACCGAUCUACGUAUGAAGGAGAGAGAAAUGUUCGAUAAAAUUCUUAACAAGACUGGUAAAAAGUUUAUCUAUGUGAGCAGUAGUCCAAGUUUACUUGUAGGAGGUGGAGAUUUAAAUUAUGAAAAUAAUUACGGAGAAGAAGACGAACCUGAAAAUGAAGAGAGGAUGAAAACCGUUGAAACUAUUCUUAAACAAUCCAAUUUAUUCACAUUACCUACAUCAAAUAUAAUUGAAAAUCAAUCGGUUAUUGAACAGUUGAUCAAAGAUUGUUCAAACAAUGAUGAAACUAACAGCAGAACACCAGACGAUGAAGAUAUCCAAUUAAUUAAAAGAAUAACGGAUCUAACUAUUAACUCUGUAAAGAAUAUUAAGAUUGACUCUAAAUCGGUAGGCGAAUUAGUCGUUCAACUACCAACAUUAGGUGUUGAAUCAGAAUAAAUAUGUAAACUUUUUC